CCAUCCCCAGGGGAGGGCCAGGAGGUGGCGGCUCUAAGCCUGUUUGGGAGUUCGGGACCAUUCGCUACCCCGUGGACUCGUUAUGAAUGAGCAGCUCCGAGCCUACCUCGGCCCAGGGGUCUCUUCACAGAAUUCGAGGACUGCUCUAGAACCUUUAGUGACCUCAGAGGGAGGGGGCUCUGGUUUCCAGGCCUGUUGCAUUCGGCAUGCGACACACCAGAUUCAAGUUCCCCCUGGCCAGUGGAGGAUACUUUGUGAACCACAUUUCGACCUUAAAUCGAAAAAACACUCAGCACCUUCUUUGGACUUAAAAAAUGCUGCAGGAAGAAUAUGUUUCCUUCCAAAUGAAGAUUUUUGCUUUUGGAUGCCUGUUCCUUUGUUAAAUUCCUUUAGUGAGGUCACAGACUCUGAUCUAAUAAAGGACUGGCCGCCUCACUGUGCUUGUGAGUGUGACCGUGGCAGAGGGGAGAAUGGGCCACAGAGUUCAGAAAGAUGGGGCGUGGUCCAGUCCCCCAGUGACACAGCAGCAAACUUAAUACCCAUCUUUGCUGGGAGGCCGAAACAAACGUUUUUCAAGAUUGGAAUGAGAGUUGUGGAGAAAACACAACCGUUUUCCUGUGCUGCCUUUCUCCCCCUGAUCAUUCUUCCUCAAUUUGUGUCCUUUUUUCCUAUGGAUAUAAACUAAAGAUGAACAU